GGGGAGAAGCCUUACCACUGCUCCCAGUGUGGAAAGAGUUUUAACCAUUUAAGGACCCUGAAAGUUCAUGAGAUAAUACACACAGGGGAGAAGCCUUACCACUGCUCCCAGUGUGGCAAGUGUUUUAACCAGUUAGGGAACCUGAAACAACACAAGAGAAUACACACAGGUGAGAAGCCUUACCAAUGCUCCCAGUGUGGAAAGUUUUUCAGCCAGUCAGGGGAUCUGAAAAAACAUGAGAUAAUACACACAGUGGAGAAGCCUUACCACUGCUCCCAGUGUGGAAAGUGUUUCAACCGGUCAGGGCAUCUGAAAGAACAUGAGAUAAUACACACAGGGGAGAAGCCUUACCACUGCUCCCAGUGUGGCAAGUGUUUUAACCGGUCAGGGAACCUGAAAAAACACGAGAGAAUACACACAGGGGAGAAGCCUUACCACUGCUCCCAGUCUGGAAAGAGUUUUAACCAAUUAAACAACCUGAAAGAACACAUGAGACACUGCUCCCAGUGUGGAAAGAGUUUUAACCAUUUAAGUAACCUGAAACAACAUGAGAGAAUACAUACAGUUGAAAAGCCUUACCACUGCUCCCAGUGUGGCAAGUGUUUUAACCAGUUAGGGAACCUGAAACAACAUGAGAGAAUACAUACAGUUGAAAAGCCUUACCACUGCUCAGAGUGUGGAAAGUGUUUCAACCGGUCAGAGGAUCUGAAAAGACAUGAGAGUAUACACACAGGGGAGAAGCCUUACCACUGCUCCCAGUGUGGCAAGUGUUUUAAUCAGUUAGGGAACCUGAAACAACAUGAGAGAAUACAUACAGUUGAAAAGCCUUACCACUGCUCAGAGUGUGGAAAGUGUUUCAACCGGUCAGAGGAUCUGAAAAGACAUGAGAGUAUACACACAGGGGAGAAGCCUUACCACUGCUCCCAGUGUGGAAAGUGUUUCAACUGGUCAGGGGAUCUGAAAAGACAUGAGAGAAUACACACAGGGGAGAAGCCUUACCACUGCUCCCAGUGUGGCAAGUGUUUUAAUCAGUUAUGGAACCUGAAACAACAUGAGAGAAUACACACAGGGGAGAAGCCUUACCACUGCUCCCAGUGUGGAAAGAGUUUUAACCAAUUAAGCAGCCUGAAAAAACAUGAGAGAAUACAUACAGUUGAAAAG